AUGUCCUCUGAACAGAUUCCUCUGUCUAACGACGCCUCGCCGGCACCCAUCAACCCUUUGGCCGCUCAUCCCGUCCGAGGCACCGCCGACCUGCUUGUUUCUAACCCUACGGAUACCAUCAACUCUCAAGAUGCCCAGGGACAACAGCCCACCGCCGCCGCCGCCGCCUCCCCCGAACUCGCCAGUGGGAAGGUAAAGCUCCAGGGCGCCCUCCGUCACUUCGCCGACUUCCCCAUCAAGGGUAUCGACUUCGUCGACAUCAUGCCCCUCUUCCUCGAUCCCACUGUCCACGAGACUCUCGGCUCCGUUCUUGAAUUGCAGGUCAAGGAGGCCUUCGGCCAGCAAUUGCCUGACGUCGUCGUCGGUCUCGAUGCCCGUGGAUUCCUCUUCGGACCCGGCCUGGCCCUCCGUCUUGGUACCGGUUUCGCCCCGGUGCGCAAGAGGGGCAAGCUGCCCGGCCCCUGCGUCACCGCCGAGUACAAGAAGGAAUACGGCGCCGAUUUCUUCCAGAUGCAGCAGGAUGCUAUUAAGCCCGGCCAGAAGGUGUUGAUCGUUGACGACAUCAUCGCUACUGGCGGCUCCGCAAAGGCUGCGGCCGAUCUCGUCAAGCAGCUCGGCGGCGAGAUCAUCGGCUACCUUUUCAUCCUGGAAAUCCCCGGCCUUGACGGACGUGAGAAGCUCGGCGACACCAAGACCGUCAUUCUCCUUGAGGACGCAUAG